AUGAGCGGUGUCCGAGACAGAUCCACUUUAGACAGAGCCACAAACUGCUCUCCCACAUUCCCCAGAGACACUACCAGAGGCUCACAGUCCUCCAGCAGCGACCGCCACAUCCUCUGGUUCCUUUCCACGGACUGGAAGGCUCUACGCAGGGCAUGGUGCAGCGGGACAUUUAGACCCCGGGCUGUGAUUGGUCGAGAGGUGGUGGAUUAUGAUUGGCUGCUUUCUCGCUUUGAGAAGAAAACACGGAUAAAUAUGGCUCCCAGGAAGAGGACGACAAAGCAGCCAAAAAACAACCCCAGGACGGCAAAACUGGAAGCUUUCCUUGAUGACUUUGACAGUGAAGUGAAAACACGUGUGGUGCAGAUGAAGGGGAAGCUGAGUCAGCUGCUGAAGGAGGUGGACACAGGAUACAACAUGGCUCUCAUCAAACUGCCCAAAGCCAUAAGGCAACUCAACUGGAUCCAGUAUUUCAACGCAGAGAAACCCAAGUCUCCAGAAGUUGACCACAAGAAGACUAACCUUGAACUCACUGCUCUUUGA